CGCCCGCUGUGAGCAUGGCCAACAAGGGUCCCUCCUUCGGCCUGAGCAGAGAUGUCCAGGCCAAGAUUGAGAAGAAGUAUGACGAUGAGCUGGAGGAGCGGCUGGUCGAGUGGGUCGUGGCCCAGUGUGGGACGGAAGUGGGGCGCCCCGACCGGGGCAGGCUGGGCUUCCAGGUCUGGCUGAAGAACGGCAUUGUGCUGGGCAAGCUCAUGAACACCCUCCACCCCUCCGGUUCGAAGCCCAUCAAGAUCCCAGACUCCCCCCCCAGCAUGGUCUUCAAGCAGAUGGAGCAGAUUGCGCAGUUCCUGAAGGCAGCCGAGGAUUAUGGGGUGGUGAAGACGGACAUCUUCCAGACAGUCGACCUCUUUGAAGCUAAGGACAUGGCUGCUGUCCAGAGGACGUUGGUAGCCUUAGGCAGCCUGGCGGUGACCAAGAACGACGGGCACUACCAGGGCGACCCCUCCUGGUUCAUGAAGAAAGCUCAGGAGAACAAGCGGGACUUCACCCCCACGCAGCUGAAGGAAGGCAAGAACGUGAUCGGCCUGCAAAUGGGCUCCAACCAGGGGGCCUCGCAGGCGGGCAUGACCGGCUAUGGCCGACCCCGGCAGAUCAUCGGCUAAACGGGGAAGGAGCGGUCCUCCUGGCCCCACGCUACAUGCCCCAACGCCACCCCAAUGAAUCCUGCCACGAGGGAAGUGCCAGCCGGGCCCCCUUAACUCAGCCCGUCCAGCGAUGCCUGGCCCCCCCAAGCACCAGGAGCCCAGCCAGACUGCCCCGUGGGGCUCCCACCCCAGCCCCUCACCCACCUGCCCCCUGCUUCACUGGCUGCCCGCCCCGCACUGCAUCGUUUCGGGUCAAGCGGAGAGACUGGCUGUUUCACGAGCCCCAGGCCGGCUGGCCUUCUAGCCCUGAGAAGGGGCCCUGGGAAACCACUGGCCUGCUGCGUAUUUGGAAAUGGCUGAAACUUGCACAAGGAAAACAAAACUCUUGUUAUCGUGGGGAGGGGUAACUGCCUCCCCCUUCUACCCGUUUUGUACUACUUUUGUUCAUCCAUUAAAAAGUAUGAACCUC